AUGAACAAAUCCAUGUCUUCAAAAAUGAUAAAAGGAAUUGAAAACCUCGUGCUAAAUAUUCUUAUUUACACCUACGCGGCUUUUUCCGGAAUACUCUUUGUCGGAUUACCACUUUUGAAGAGUUGGUUGAGAGGGGAAAUUAAGAAGUUCAAAGAUAGAUCUGACGUCUUGGAGAAUUUGUAUACCCAAGAUCCUUACUAUGGAAAACAUAAAACACUUGUUAUCGACGGAUGCACAUUCCAUUACGUCGAAGCGGGCAAUGUCAAUGGUCCAUUGGUUCUAUUUAUUCACGGUUUUCCCGAGUAUUGGUACAGCUGGAGACACCAACUAGAGGGUCUAAGGGAAAUGGACUAUCACUUGGUGGCCGUAGACAUGCGUGGAUACGGAGGCAGCUAUAGGCCACGAGAAGUAAGCGAAUAUAAUUAUGACUUGCUGUUGGGAGAUAUCCGUGGAUUCAUACAAGAAUUGUCACCUAAUGGGCGUGCCGCGGGCGGUGUGUUGUCAUGGCAAGCUGCUGCGCAAAGCUGGGAAUUGGAUCACGCCGAUAAAUCGGGAUACAUCGAACGUCUCAUCAUCUUGAAUGCACCGCACACUUUGGUCUGGAGAGAUAACUUUAUUCGAAGAUUCCUUGAUCUGGUUCGCUUCGGAAAUUUGAAAUCUUUGGUCAGCAACCCUCGAGAGACUGUUCAUCACUCAUGGGAACACGUGAAGCCAUGCUUCCAACAAUUCCUGAUGAGCUUCUACAUAAGCGUGUUCCAGCUGAGGUAUGUUGCCGAAAAAUGGAUGACGUGCGGGGAUUUAAGAUUCCUUGAUUUCACCAUUGGGAAGAUACCCGGAGGAAACGUAACGACCGAAGAUCUCGAAAAAUAUAAAGCGACAUUCUCUGCUGACAACUUCUCCAGCGUCACCGGUGGCCUUAAUUACUAUCGAGGUAAUGCGAUCAUGGGUCUAUACAAUGAACAAAAGGACAGAGGCGUAAAGCAAAUUGGGUUCGUGGGGAUUCCCACAUUAGUCAUUUGGGGAGAGAAAGACCAAGCAUUACAAAUGCAAAUGAAUUUAGAUAAUCUAGGAAGUUACGUUUCUAAUCUUAAGAUCGUGUCGAUACCUGAGGCAGGUCACUUUGUCCAACAAGAAGUCCCCGAAAAGGUCAACGACAUAAUAAGAAAAUUCAUUACGAGCAAGGGAAAUCUUCACGAUCUAGGAGAGAACGAUACAUUGUACUAA